UAGAUUUUGUAAGCAUUCAAUGACAGAGAAGAUGGGAAAAGCACAAUGUUGUUCCUAUGUGGGGAUGAAGAGAGGGCCUUGGACACCUGAGGAAGAUUACCUUUUGAUAAAGUAUAUCCAAGCCCAUGGAGAAGGCAAUUGGCGCACUCUUCCUGUUAAAGCAGGUUUGUCGCGCUGUGGGAAAGGAUGCAGAUUACGUUGGAUGAAUUAUCUUCGUCCUAAUGUCAAACGCGGCCAUAUUUCAUCAGAUGAAGAGGAGAUGAUUAUAAGACUCCACAAAUUGCUCGGCAAUAGGUGGUCGCUGAUCGCGGGACGAAUUCCUGGAAGAACUGAUAAUGAGGUCAAGAAUUACUGGAACACCCAUUUGAGCAAAAGGUUCAAUGUCACCAAAGUCGUCAAUCGUAAAGCGCAGAGAAAGCCAAUCUGCGCUGAUAAAAAUGGCGAAGGAAACGGCAACAUUCAGUGGAUUCACGAGAGGCCAGUAUUGCAGGAGGAAGAGGGUUCUAAUCCUAAACUAUACGUGGUCCAAGACACAGUAGAAUCCAUUCCAAGUUUAAAUGGUUGUGACGAACAGGCUGCCAUUAUCGAUUACAACAAUGCUAUUGACAAUGUGUUUAACGAUCCUUGGGUUUACGGAAAUCACAUAUUUUCUUCACAGAAUGCCUGCCCACCAGCCUAUGAUACUUCAAGUUCAGUAUGUUACAAUGGCAGUUCAUCAUCAGGAAACAUAAACUACUGUUUCAAUCCCACGGGAGAGGAAAGCAUUACACAAUUCGACAAUUCAGUUUCAGCAGUUCAGCCUCAUGUUCAAAUGCCCAACCAUGAAUAUGGAUUUCAGGUCGAAGCACAGAGUGCCCAAAAUGUGUUGUUGAAUUCCACAGUACAACCCACAGAUGAAUAUUGUGUCCCACUUCUCUCUUUCUCUGACUGGUUAAACUACAUCCAAUUGUCGAACUAAGAAUAAGUUCUCUUUCAAUGUUUUAAGGCUUAUCCUAUUGCUGCAGCAUUGUAAUCCAUAUGCAUAACACUUCGAUUGUACCAAGGCAGGACUAGAAAAUGUAAUUUACUGUUUCAUGCA